ACAGCUGCCCGGAAGCGUUGGAAAUGGCCGCCGAGUGUGAUGACUUUUCUUAGAGGGACUUUGUCUCGGCCUACCGCAGACGCCAUUUUAAAAUCCAGCUCGUUCACAGUACACCCGCUCUGAAACUGGAACUAUGCCGCGGGGCCGGCCGCGAAAACAAAGGAUUAAAGCUGAAAGCGAAAUCGAUGGAGGUGAGGAGGCUGGCACAGAGAGCCAGAAACAUGUGGAGCACAAAUGUAAUAUUUGUUCCCAAAGUUUUCCCACAGAAAGUAAACUUCAGAGGCAUCUGCGAGACCAUGAAGUCAAUGAUAAGCCGUAUCGCUGCGACCAGUGUCCAGCGUCAUAUAAUGUGGAGAACAAUCUUGGCCUUCAUAAAUCCACUCACACCACCAGUAACCCCAAGUGCCCAGUGUGCAACAAGAAGUUCUCCAGAGUGGCCAGUCUGAAAGCACAUGUCAUGGUUCAUGAGAAAGAAGAGAAUUUCCUCUGCUCUGAGUGUGGAGAUGAGUUCAUCCUGCAAAGUCAGCUGUCUCUGCACCUGGAGGAACAUCGCCAAGAACUCAAUGGAACAAAGUUAUACACCUGCAGAACCUGCAGUAAAGAGUUCACAUCACACAACCAGUUGAAGGAGCACGUGAAAAGUCAUUUGAAGAUCAGGCCUAUUAUAUCAAGUUCAAGGAACUACAAAAACAUUGAUCGGAGAGGAUUCAAGAACAUUUGCCAGCACUGUGGGAAGACGUUUAAGAAACCCAGUCAGCUUGUUCGACACGCACGCAUUCACACAGGUGAGAGGCCAUAUAUGUGCACUCACUGUGGAAAGGCCUUCAACCAGAAGGUAGUGCUGCAGACACACAUGGUGCGACACACCGGAGAAAAGCCUUACAUGUGUUCGUUGUGUCCCGCCUCCUUCUCUCAGAAAGGAAAUCUGCACUCUCAUAUUCAACGAGUUCACUCUCAGGCAGCCGGUGUUCCGCUGUUUCCCUGUAUGGACUGUAGUUGCGUCUAUAAAAAGCUUGGAAGCCUCAAUGCUCACAUCAGCAAAAUGCACAUAUCAGUGAUGGAAGUGGAGGAGCCAGCAACACAGAAGGGGGACCCAAGUGUUGGUCAGGGUGGUGAGGGGACGGAGGGAGUGACGGAUGUGAUCCAGCAGCUGCUGGAGUUGUCUGACCAUGUGGCGGCAGACGGCGCUCAGGACCCUCCCACUGGACAGACUAUCGAGACAAGCAUCAACCAGGACAUCCUCCAGCAAGCUCUGGAAAACAGUGGACUGACCGAGAUUCCAGUCAAGCCUGACGCUCAGAGUAGCACCGGACAGCAGAGCGAUGCAGGGGGUCCGACCGCAAACUCAGCAGAUGAUGGAUCAACCACCACAAAAAUACUUAUGACGGACACUGUUGUGAAAAAGGAGAGGAGAAGCAUCAUCAAGAAGCCUCCACAGAUGCUAGGUACCAUCAGGCAGGAGAAUGGUGUGAGAUGGCAUGGCUGUCCAUACUGCUUAAAAGAGUUCAAGAAACCCAGUGAUCUGGUGCGUCAUAUCCGCAUUCACACUCAUGAGAAACCCUACAAGUGCAAGCAGUGCUUCCGUGCAUUUGCUGUCAAGAGCACUCUGACGGCACACAUGAAGAUCCACACGGGCAUCAAAGCGUUUGAGUGUCAGUACUGCAUGAAAUUCUUCUCUACGUCUGGGAGCAUGAAAGUUCAUCAGCGUCUACACACUGGUCUGCGGCCUUUUCCUUGCCCCCAUUGUGAAAAGUACUUCCGUACAUCAGGCCACAGGAAAACACACAUUGCCUCUCAUUUUAAGAGUGUACACCACAAAAAGCACAAAUGCCCAAGAAAGCCUCACAAAAGCAGACUGUCCAGAAGUAAUCUGCCUCUGUCUGAUAUUCCUCUGCAGGAGCCAAUACUCAUCACAGACAUGGGGCUUCUGCAGAACCAGAACUCGCGGGCCGCCCUGCAGCAGUAUCUGGACAUUGUGGAGAACGAGCGGCCGUAUAAGUGUGGAUUCUGCAGCAAAGCUUACAAGAAGUCAAGCCACCUUAAACAGCACAUCAGGUCGCACACUGGAGAGCGGCCGUACAAGUGCCUGCAGUGCAGUAAGGGCUUCGCGUCCUCAGGCGUGCUUAAGGCUCACAUCCGCACCCACUCCGGCCUCAAAGCCUUUAAGUGUCUUCUGUGUGACACCACAUUCACCACCAGCGGCAGCCUGCGACGUCACAUGACCACGCACAGCGACAUACGACCCUACAUGUGCCCGUACUGCCAGAAGACCUUCAAAUCCUCCCCCAACUGCAGAAAGCACAUGAAAACACACAGAUACGAGUUGGCUCAACAGUUGCAGCAGCAGCCGAGCUCGAGUGACAUGCAGCCCGCAGUCGUGGUGUCCGCAGAGUCACAGAGCAUGCUGGAGGUGGUGGGAGACGGCCAGCAAGUGUCCCUGUCCGCACCGCUGGAGGAGGACGCCCUUCAGGACCCGGAAUCAUUUGUGAGCGCCCAGCAUGCCCUUCCUCAGCACAUGAGUCAGUUUGAGACCCCAGCGCUGCCUCAGCCAGCCUAUGAGCAGUCGGCGCUCGCUCCAGGUUUCACCAUAGCUGAAGGAUUUACCCAGCAGGGUCAUUUCACAACAGUUCAACAGCUUCAGGACUCGAGCACACUGGAGUCUCAGGCACUGACCUCCAGCUACCACCCUCCCAACCUCCUGCACGUGACACACUCUGAGACCAGCGCUUUACUGCAAGAGGCGACUCAAGAUGAAAUACAGCUGGCCAUACAGACACAAGACUUCCAGAACGAGGACGAGAACAACAAGAGGGUCUAUCAGUGCAAUAUGUGUGAUAAGAGCUUUAAGAAGUCCAGUCACCUGAAGCAGCAUGUGCGCUCUCACACGGGCGAGAAACCGUACCGCUGUCAUCUCUGUGGGAGGAGCUUCGUGUCCGCCGGAGUUCUCAAAUCGCACCUGAACACGCACACAGGAUUGAAGGCGUACAAAUGUAACAUCUGUGAAGCCUCUUUCACCACCAACGGCAGUCUGAACCGACACAUGAUCAUCCAUCUGAACGCCAAGCCCUUCAAGUGUAGCAUGUGCGAGGAGAGCUUCCGUACGGUCAUGCUGCGCAGGAAACACAUGAAGCUCCUGCACACUGUAGGGUCCAGAGUUCUGGAGGCGGAUGAGGCCGGCGAGGACGAUGAUGAUUCAGAUCGCUCAGGGUUAAAGAGAGGUCGCACCGGCAUCAUCACGUUAACAGAAGAGCAGACAGCGGAGCUGGCAAAUAGAGACCCCGGGGACGAGGCAUCCCUGUCAGAGAAGGUUCUGGCCCAGACCGCCGCUGAACGAGAUCGAAUCAGUGAAGUUAAAGAUAAAUGUGUGGAGCUCAACGUGGAGCCAAAAUUUGCCAACCGCUGCCAGUACUGCCCGAAGAGCUUCAAGAAGCCCAGUGACCUGGUGAGACACAUCCGAAUUCACACGGGCGAGAAACCGUAUAAGUGCGAUGAGUGUGGCAAGUCUUUCACUGUGAAAUCCACGCUGGACUGUCAUGUAAAGACACACUCAGGUCAGAAGCUGUUUAGCUGUCACAUGUGCAACACCUCCUUCUCCACCAAGGGCAGUCUGAAGGUCCACAUGCGCUUACACACGGGCUCCAAACCCUUCAAGUGCCCUCUCUGUGACCUUCGCUUCCGUACAUCCGGCCACCGCAAGACCCACAUUGAGUGUCACGUCCGACCCUCUGAUCGUAAGGCCAAGCGGAUCUCCAGCACCGAGCUGCAGGGAGGAGCAGAUAACCACAGUGGUCCUCAGGAGCAGCACUCCUCCGCAGACGCUCAGCCUACAUUGGGAUUAUUACAGACCAGCAGCACAGAUCCUAACAUCUACAUCCACGGAAACCCAGUGCUCACCGGCCAGUUUGAUUCAAGCCUGCUACAGCAGGGGCUGGUGGGACAGGCCAUACUGCCUGCCACUGUUUCAGCUGGCGGCGAACUGACUGUCUCUCUGACGGAGGGUCUUGCUACACUGGAAGGAAUUCACUUGCAACUCACGUCGGGUAAUCUGGUGUGUCCAAACGUGCAGAUCUCUGGGAUUGACCCCAGCAACAUCAACAACAUCACGCUGCAGAUCGACCCCAGUAUCUUACAGCAGUCGCUGCAGCAGAGCACUUUGCUGUCUCACUCUCUUGUGGGUGACUCUGGUUUGAACCCGCACACGACCGCUCAUCUCAUGCCCAGCGGAGACGCUUCGGUUCCUGCUAAUGUGGUGAUCCACCCGCUGAGCGGCCUCUCACUGCAGCCCACCGCCGCCUCCACCAGUGUCACCAUAAGCAACCUGACAAACCAACAGGACACUGAGCUCUCACAUGUGUCCGGCGGUGCGGCAGGUCUUGUGAGUGGUGUCAACAAUGCUUCUGAAAUCACACUGACCAUCAAUAACUCCAGUCUGACACAAGCUUUAACACAAAACAGCGUCGCUACGUCCACAUCCACCAGCGGCACACAAGAGAUUACUCUCACCAUAGCAGGUCAGGAGCUUUUACCCCAGCACUGCCCCCCCUCAGCUCCAGACAUCAACUCUGGCAUCAGACUGACUUCAGACAGCAGCGGUCUGACACUGAACACUGAACAACUCCUUCCUCACAGUCCUCCGGCCUCGGCCAUGAGCGUCAGCGUUCUGGCACCCAGCACCUCCCUGUCCCAGACGGGCAUGUCCUCUCAGAGCCUGGUGAUGUCAUCAGCAGGCAUGGCCAGUGACGGCAGUGUGACUCUGACUCUGGCGGACCCUCGGAUGCUGGACGCGGUAUCUCUGAACCUGAACACACAGAUGUCGAUCUGCCAGUCAGAGGAGAAAGAUGCAGACAUGCAGCAGAAACAUCAGUGUUAUUACUGCAGCGAGACGCUGCUCACGGCAAACGCUCUGAGACGACACUGCAGACAGGUGCAUGGAAAAGACCGCUGUCACGUCUGCCACGUCUGCAAGAAAGCUUUCAAGCGAGCUACACACCUGAAGGAACACGAGUAUGUCCACAACAAGCGUCCCAAAGCCAACUCUCAGAAAGCCAAAGUGUUUAAAUGCCCCAGCUGUGACAAAGCUUUUGCCAAACCCAGUCAGCUGGAGAGACACAUCCGCACGCACACGGGAGAACGGCCCUUCAAGUGUUCGCUGUGUGACAAAGCUUUCAAUCAGAAGAGCGCUCUACAUGUUCACAGGGUGAAGCACACGGGAGAGAAGCCCUACCGCUGCGAGGUGUGCACCAUCGGCUUCACUCAGAAGAGCAACAUGAAGCUGCACAUGAAGAGAUCGCACGGUUACGGGGCGUCCGGUGACAAACCCAUGGCUAAACCACAGGAAGUAGAGGUGGUGUUGGAACACGAUUCAGAGUCUGACUUCCAGCAGGAUCCGGCCCCGGCGGGCAGAGAGAGCCAGUCAGGUUUGGAUCUGGAGGAGGUCGUGCCUGAGUCUUCAGGACACUGGCAGUGUCCCAUGCCCACAGUUUUCCCAUGAGCGCCCGACUACAGUCAGACACUGCCCACUGCUCGCGUUUUAGCUUUGCCGAGGAAUGAGACACGCGCGCCACCAAUCCUACAUGUAUUUAUGUGAAUGUACAGACCGAUGAACUUUGUAGUUGUAUAUACUCCCUGUUGCUUUAGAAAAGCUCUGACAAAUUGUUCCUCUGUGAGCAGUUUUUAUUUUUGGAAGUUUUCAUUUUCAAGUGAAAAGUACGAUUGUGUAAUUGUAUUUUGUAAAAAGACUAAAUAGUACUAAAUAGUAAAUAGUACUGAGAAUCUGCUGUGGUCAGUGGAGUGGUUUUCUUGAUGCAUUAAGUGAAUAUUGUGUGAGGUUUUGGCGACUGCGACACCAUGCACCGCUCACAUUGUGAAGGAUUUAACCUGUUAAUAUGUUUCAGAAAUAAGAAACGCGCCUUUUGAUGGCCUGGAGAAUAACGUUUCUGCUUUGUGUAGUGAGAGCCUCUGGUGUCAGCACAUGCGGAGACAAACUAUCGAUCAGGGAAACAUGUGUGAUCUUGAUUCAUUGACCUGUGAAUUGCUGUAGUUGUUUUCAUGAAAUGAGAUAUAAGCUACAUGACACUUUUUUACGUUGGGAUUAUAUUAGUGAUUUUUUGCAUGUAUAUAGUGUGAAGAGACUCAUGCUGGAUGCAGUAUUUUCUGGAUUCUAGGCAUACGCAUCUAGUAGUGGUGUUGCUAUACUAUUGUAAAAAAAUUAUUUUCGCUGGGAUCAUCCACUUUUGGCAGGCUUUUUUGUAAUACGCAGAAUUAUUUAAUAAAUGUUUUGGUUACAAAUGUUUA